AUGCGGCCGCCAACGUCAGAUUCGGGCGCAGCAGAGCAGCAGCAGCAUUUGCUUGACAAGGAACCCUCGCCGCGCCAUCAGGACAGGACUGCACGCUUCCGGGCUAUACUGGAGGAAGGCCAUGCAGCAGCAGGGAUCACCAUUACGAUUGCCCUGACCCUGGGACUCCUCCUGGGAUUCACCCUUCCCACAGACAAGGAAAUCCCAGCCGGCUACUCACGCCUAUCGAGUGUCUUUGGGUGGACAUACUUUGCAUGCUGGUGGGUUGGCUGGUAUCCGCAGCUGAUCCAGAACUUCCUGGGGAAGACUGUUGUGGGAAUCUCCUUUGACUUCUCCAUCUACAACUUCAUCGGCUUUGUCUGCUACUCCACCUUCAACUGCGCACUGUUCUUCAGCCCUGCCAUCCGCAAAGAGUACAGGAGCUGGCACGGGGGAUAUGACAGCGAUGUACGUGCGAAUGACGUGGCAUUCUCGCUGCAUUGCAAUCUCAUGACCGUGCUGGGCCUCACCCAAAUCAUCAUGUAUGAGAGGGGAGGCCAAAAGGUUUCGCGCGUGUGUUGGAUAGCGUGCUCAGUGGUGGGCCUCUUGUGCGCUGCUUACUUGGCCGCCACAAUUUUUGGCGUGCCCCAUUUCUCAGCGCUCGGCUUCCUGUACCUUCUCGGCUACGUGAAGCUGGCUGCCACCAUUGUCAAGUAUCUGCCACAGAUGUGGCUGAAUCACAAGCGGAGGUCCACUGACGGCUGGAACAUUUCCAACGCCCUCACUGACAUGUCUGGCGGCUUCUUCUCCCUCGCACAGCAGUUCCUGGAUGCAUAUGCCCUGCAGGACAUCACGAUAGUGACAGGAGACAUCGUGAAGUUUGCGCUCGGCAUUGUCAGCAUCUUGUACUGCCUCAUUCUGGCGGGGCAGCAUUACUUCAUGUACCGGACACCUGCCGAGAAGCUGGGGCGGAUUGAGGAGGGUGAAUCCGGAGGCAGCGAGGAGGGACCUCUGCUCAGUGGACAGCAGCCCGGCGGACUGAGAAGGGAUGGGCAAUUGAGCGCACAGGUGGUCCUGUGA